AUGAGGAGUUUACAUGCACGCCCUUCCUCUUUGAAGUUGACGCCUUUCACCUCAAAUUUCACAUCGUCUUCCAUUCUCCACGCGAAUGACGCGCCUGCUGCAGCCACUAGUAGUCCGAAAUCGGUUGAUUCCGACAGUGUAACUGUGAAAGAGCAGAGAAGAAAAGAUUGGAUUAUCGUCAAACGACUGAUGAGUCACGUCUGGCCGAAAAAUGACUGGGGCACACGCGGUCGUGUUGUCCUUGGAUUUGGGCUUUUGAUUGCUGGCAAGGUGUUAAAUGUUCAGGUGCCUCAGCUGUUCAAGUCUGUGAUUGACGCGUUAAACCUAGACGUAAUGGCCGAUUCGACGGUAUGGGUCGUUGCAGGUUCUCUCAUCCUCGGAUAUGGGGCUGCUCGGACGGGAGCUACGCUAUUUGGAGAACUACUGAACGUUGUCUUUGCCAAUAUUGGUCAACAAGCGGUUCGCAGAGUUGCUAGGGAGACCUUCGAACAUCUCUUGAGCUUGGAUCUCAAGUUUCAUCUCGCACGACAAACUGGUGGACUUACACGUGCAAUUGACCGCGGUACCAAAGGUAUCACAUUCAUGCUUCAGGCCAUUAUUUUCCGCAUCUUCCCGACUGCCCUGGAGAUAUCUAUGGUUUGCGGAAUACUUACUUGGAAAUUUGGUUGGGAUUUUGCCGCAAUCACUGUCACUGCUUUAGCUGCAUACACUUGGUUCACCGUUCGCACAACCUCAUGGAGAACUCAAUUUCGCCGCGAUGCAAACAAAGCGGACAAUAAAGCUGCGACCCUAGCAAUUGACUCGCUUAUCAAUUACGAGGCAGUCAAGCAUUUCAACAACGAGAAAUUUGAGAUUGCACAGUACGAUAAACAUCUCAAACAAUACGAAAAAUCUUCUGUGAAGAUCACCACAUCUUUGGCAUAUCUGAAUUCCGGCCAGAAUAUAAUUUUUUCCACCGCGUUAACAGCCACCAUGUUCCUCGCUGCCCAAGGUGUCAUGAAGGGGACCAUGACUGUCGGUGACCUCGUCAUGGCAAACCAACUAAUUUUCCAGCUGUCACUUCCCUUGAACUUCCUGGGUAGUAUUUAUCGCGAGCUGCGUCAAAAUCUCCUAGAUAUGGAAGUAUUGUUCAAUCUUCAAACUGACAAUGCUCCCGCCAAGGACAAAGAGGACGCAAAACCGCUGGCAUUGAAAGGCGGUUCUAUUCGUUUUGAGAACGUGAACUUCGGCUAUCAUCCAGAUCGGCCCAUCUUCCGCAACUUGUCCUUCACGGUUCCGGCUGGUAAAAAAGUGGCUAUAGUUGGUCCAUCCGGAUGCGGGAAAUCCACGGUCUUCCGCCUCCUGUACCGUUUCUACGAUCCAUCUUCCGGUCGGAUUUUCGUGGAUGACCAGGACAUUCACGACGUUCAGGUGCAGAGUCUCCGGAAAUCUAUUGGUGUAGUUCCACAGGAUACGCCGUUGUUCCAUUCUGACAUCAUGCACAAUGUGCGGUAUGGCCGCCUUGAUGCCACGGACGACGAGGUAAAAGCGGCUGCAAUGAAGGCGAGCGUUCAUGACACGAUCAUGGGUCUUCCCGAAGGCUACAAGACCACGGUCGGCGAGAGAGGUUUAAUGAUUUCUGGAGGGGAAAAGCAGCGGUUGGCGAUUGCACGUGUGUUACUCAAAGAUCCCCCGAUCCUUUUCUUUGAUGAAGCUACCUCGGCUCUAGAUGCUCACACGGAAACAGAGCUUAUGCGCAGUAUAAACAACACGUUGCUGGACAAGGCACGGACAAGCAUAUUUAUUGCCCAUAGGCUCCGCACCGUGGUUGAAGCAGAUUUAAUUAUCGUGCUUAAGGAUGGCCAGGUUGCGGAACAGGGCACUCAUGAAGAAUUGUUACGCCUAGGCGGUCUGUAUCAUAAUAUGUGGGUCCAGCAGGCCUCUGAUAAUUCAUUGGAGAGCUUGGCCGAGUCUUGA